GCUAUGGAUGACGGACGCAAGAUGAUGACGAUGCUCCCGGAGGACGUGGCAUCGUCCAGUAUCGCCCAAUCGUAUGCCGGCCGUUCGAUCUUCAUUACCGGUGCGACCGGUUUCAUGGGAAAGAUCAUGGUGGAAAAGCUCCUACGCGACUGUGGCGAUAUACGCUGCAUCUAUUUGCUGAUACGCGCCAAGAAGGGUAUCGAUCCGGCCCAGCGCAAGGAGGAGUACGUGAAAAAUAUUGUGUUCGAUCAGGUGCGCGAGCAGUACGGUGAGCGGUUGGAAAAGAUACGGCUCAUCCGGGGUGACAUCCUGAGCGAAGGGCUCGGUCUGAGUGAGGAGGACCACCGAGAGCUGGUGGACAACGUGGAGAUGGUGUUUCACUGUGCUGCGAACGUGCGGUUCGAUCAACACAUCCGCCAAGCGGUAGACAUCAACCUGAACGGAACGAUACGCGUACUCAAGCUGGCGGAAAAGAUGCGCAAGCUGGUAUCGUUCAUACACGUAUCCACCUCGUACUGCCAGUGCAAUGAGGCGGUACUGGAAGAGAAGCACUAUCCCGCGCCACAAAAUCCGGAAGGCAUCUCGAAGAUGGUCGGUCUGCUCGAUGACGAUAUUUUGGAUCUCAUAACGCCAAGACUGCUCAACAACCUGCCAAAUACGUACGCUUACACGAAAGCACUCACAGAGGAUAUGGUGUACCAGUACCGGGGCAAGUUGCCGAUCGCCAUCGCCCGACCCUCGAUCGUGACGGCCGCCAUGAAGGAACCGCUGCCGGGCUGGGGCGAAGGUACCAACGGACCGACCGGACUGCUGAUCGGUGCCGGGCGUGGUGUGAUCCGCAGUAUGCACUGUAACGGCGAAUAUCUUGCCGACUUUAUGCCCGUCGACAUCACGAUGAACGCCAUCAUCGCGAUCGGCACGGAGCGCAUGAAAGAUCCGCGCAAGGACGAAGUGAUGUACUACAAUCUUGCCUCGUCGGCAGAAAAUCCGAUCAGCUGGGGCGAGGUGCUCGAGAUGGGACGCAGCGUGCUGAACGAUAAUCCGUUCUGCUUCGCGCUUUGGUAUCCGGACGGUUCGAUCAAGUCAAACUACCUCUACCAUCUUCUUUGCGUCAUCUUUUUCCACUACUUGCCCGCCUAUUUGAUAGACUUUUUGCUCGUGCUGCUACGCCGGAAACCAUUUUUGGUGAAAGUACAAAAAAGGAUAUCAGCCGGACUGACAAUACUCCAGUACUAUACAACGAAAGAGUGGAUAUUCCGGUGCGACAAUGCGAAAUCCUUAUACCAACGGCUUUCGCAAGACGAUCGAAAACGGUUCUACUUUGACGUGACGGAAAUUGACUACCAGACCUAUCUGUACGAUUUCAUCCUCGGUGCCCGGAAAUAUAUCCUAAAGGAAGCUCCCGAAACAUUGCCACAGGCGCGCAAACUACUCCGAAAGCUCUACAUCAUGGACAAGAUGGUGCAGAUUGGACUGUACGUGUUCGGGCUGUGGUUAUUCUGGACGUACCUCGAGGUAAUAACCGGUUCGAUACAGUACGUUUUUGACACGGCCAUCGUUGGUCUGCGAGGAAGUUCGUCCGUUCGACAGGGACUUUGA